UGUAGUUUACAAUCGAAUAGAUACGGUAGUUGAGCGUUGAGUGAUAUCCCAAAACAUGGCUGCGGAGGAGACAAGAAUUUACAGCAUUAAAGCAGUAAUUACCACAUUAAAGUAGUGAUUAGAGUCAAUUAAUAUCUGAUCUAAGAGUGCUAAAGAGGCGUUGAAGGACUUCAACUUCUCAAAAUAGAGACACGGCAAAUAGUUGGUUUCCUUCAAAAUGGUGUACAAAAUUUGGAAGAAAUUGCACGAGCUACGAUUGGUCAUUUCAUUCCUCAAGUUCGUGCAGAAAUGAUGGGAUAUUCGUUUAAUAAUACACGUAGUCUAGGCCUUUUAAAAUUGUACAGUGACAAAAAUUACGUUUCAGUAAACAAUUAUUCUUUUUAAGACUUUUAAAGCCAACAAUGAUAAAGACAGCGUUGUCAAAUAUGACCUGAUUCCACCAAUUACCACAAGGACCAUAAGAAUCAUUCCUGAGGCCUGGUUCAUUCUCAUCGCUUUGCGUGUAGAGCUGUACGGAUGUAAAGCAAAUAAUGGCGGGUACUCUCAGUGGGGUGAUUGGACUGAGUGUUCCGUAACUUGUGGUACUGGUCAUCGCUAUCGAAGGCGUUAUUGCACAAAUCCUCCUCCAAGCCCUGGUGGUAAGGAUUGUUCUGGUCUGGGACCUGAUACCCUCACAGAAGAAUGCAACAGUGGAGGUUGUCCAGGUAAGGAAAUGGUCAUGAAAAGAACUGAGAUGAUUUCCAAGUCUCAGUAGGCCUCGUGCCAGACUUUUCCCCGACAGAUUUUUCAACAAGGCGUAGCCACGCUGUCUAUCGCUGGUAGCCAGUAAAACGACUGGUAAUGACAUUUUCUUUGUUCUAUCAAGGUUAUUGACUGUGACGAUUUUGUCUAAUUCGACAUCUUAGUUUUAUAACUUCGCUGACAAUGUCUACGACUACCUUAACAGACGUUGCCUUCUUAGCUUACAAGCUCUUGGUGAAAAAAUAAACAAUUAUUUACGUGCAAGUAAUAUCCAAGUAAUCCAUUGACUUUAUCGUUCUGAGUGGUCCGAUUUGGUUCUUCUUAUCUCGCUUCUACAUAGUAAACGGUAAUUACUCGGUUUGGGGACCGUACGGCGAGUGUUCAAAAUCUUGUGGAGGUGGGGUGAAGACGCGUAAGAGGACAUGUACCAAUCCGCCCCCGGCAAGCGGAGGAGAAGACUGCAGUGUCCUUGGACCUGACACUUCUACCAUGGAAUGCAACAUCCAGGAAUGUCCAGUGAACGGUGGUUACUCAGAUUGGGGACCGUACGGCGAGUGUUCAAAGACUUGUGGGGUUGGGGAACAGACGCGUAAAAGAACGUGCACCAAUCCACCACCAUCACACGAUGGAGAGGACUGCAGUGGACUGGGACCUGACAGCUCUACCAGGGAAUGUAACAAUCAGGAGUGUCCAGUAAACGGUGGUUAUUCAGACUGGAAGCCGUACGGUGUAUGUUCCAAGACUUGUGGAAGUGGGGUGCAAACACGAAAGAGGACGUGUACCAAUCCACCGCCUUCUAAUGGUGGAAAGGACUGCAGUAGACUAGGACCCGAUAGCACCACCAGGGAAUGCAACAAUCAGGAAUGCCAAAAAACGUGGAAGCCAAUGGGAUGCUACCAAAACAGAGGACGAGCUCUGGGCGACAUCUUGUUCAAAUCUAGACGUGGCAAGAUCUCAAGGAAAUAUGGGCAAUGCGUGACCGCGGCCAACAAAAGAGGAGUUACAGUGUUCGGUUUAGAUGACACCAGAUGCUGGACUGGCCAGAAUGCAGCAAGUUCUUAUGAUAUUUAUGGCACUGCUGUAGGGAGGUGCGGCUCCACCAAAGGCGGUUUGCAUUAUGGCUUCUUGGCAUCAGAAAUAGUGUUUGUUUACCAAAAGAAAGGAGGUGAUUGGGAACCUAUUGGUUGCUACAGCAACGUGUCUCCCAGAGACGCUUUCGCUUUGCCGGAAUUAUUUGACGACAAAGUGAGUGCUAAGGGCCCUGAUGCAAUUUUCAACUACUGCAAGGGGAAAGCUGAAGCGCUUGGCUACAAGAUUUUUGGAGCAGACAAUAAGAGUUGCUGGUCAGGAGAUGAGGCCAAGAAUACUUAUAAGAAGUACGGGGAGUCCAAACUGUGCGAGUUUAGUAAGAGGACCGGUAAUGGUUCGGGAAACAAGGUCAACGGAGAUGUGUUUGUCUACGAAUUGGCCUGAGGUAAGCUGAUAAAAUUACUAGCAGACAGCUUAAUUAAUGUCACCCUUUUUCUUGUAAAAGUAGGUUCUUAAAGCUUUAAUUAAAGUCAUACCCACUACAUACGAGAGGCCAAGUAGUUGGUCAAGUUAGCACCAGAACAUCUGAAAAGUCCGGUUGACAAUCCUGGUCAACUUAGUAGCUUAGUUAUGUUGUGUAUUUGUUCCUCUCACGGUGCCUCUUUGCUACGGGGAUAUAUUACCGUGCCUGCGAAUUGUCAGGGCAAGCAAAAAAUACUAGGAAUAAGCCUGCCAUGGACUACAAGUAGGAUCCUGAUGGAGGUCACAAUGCACCUGCUCCUAUUGGCCAUGCUAUUACGUUCCUCUAAUUCCAAUGACUAGAGCGAACUUUCCCUAUAACCCCAUUUACUGAUAAACUGUAAACCCCUCCAUUUAUGGCUAAUCAUAUACCACGAAUAGAAGGAAAUUUGGGAUGAACUUGGUCCAUACCUCACACUAACUACUUUGGGUCAGACAUUAGCUCUCGUAAGGUAUCAUAUGAAUGGCUCGAUAUCCUUUGGGAGAACAAUAGAACAAAUUACAGAAACAAUGAACCUAGCCCC